AGCGGGGGGGCGGCGGAGCUUAAACAGAAAUCAGGAGGUCAGCGGUUGCGACCAUGACCCAAUAUUCCUUCCUCGUGACCUCUUUGGCUUUGGCCUGCUGUCUUCCGGGGUCACCUCUGAGCCUUCCCCGCGUCGAGCCUUCGCUUCGCUACGUGGGUCUGUGCGAAAGGAAAGUGGUGAUGAUGACGCCCGGGAACUCGCGGAAGUUCUGGUCCCUUGGAUAUGUGUAUCUCAAGGAACCUUACCCGGCAGAUUGUGUUCUGAAGUACAGAUUCGAAACGCGCUUCAAAAGGAAGGACACCUUUGUCAAAUUCGGGUUCCGGGUGACUGGCACGUUCUCGGGGCCGGACAUCGCCUGCAGCUCGUGCCAAAAAACCGACUAUGUGUACCUUGACGACUCGUCGGGAAAUUCUGAAAUGUGUGUAUAA